AUGACAUGUUUCUGUGGGACGGAGGCUCAUAUUCUCCUGCUGGGCCUGGAUGCAGCUGGCAAAACAACCCUCCUCUAUAAGCUGAAGCUGAAUGAAGCCACAAUGACCAUUCGCACCAUUGGCUUCCACGUGGAAACAAUAAGCCCCAUCAACGACGUCUCUUUCACCAUGUGGGAUGUGUGUGGUCAAGAACGGGUCAGGCCGCUGUGGAGGCAUUACCAGCCCAACACAGACGGGCUGGUAUUCGUGGUGGACAUCGUGGGUUUUGUUCGCUUUGAGGAGGCCAGGUCCGAGUUGGAAGCCCUGCUGGGUGACGAGGACUUUCAAGAGGUGCCCGUGGUGCUGCUAGCCAACAAGCAAGACUUGCCCAGAGCGUGCCCCCCCCUGGAAGUGGCAGACAAAAUGGGACUGAGGAAACUGCAAGGCCACCGGUGGCAUGUGCAGGGCUGCUCUGCCCUGACUGGAGAAGGGAUCCCCGAGGCAAUGUGGAAGCUGGCCGAGAUGCUGCCUCCAGACCUGGAGGAGGAAUGCACUCUGCACACGCUCAGGAGUGUGUCUCGGUGCCACCCGCUCACCAGCGUUGUUGACGAGCAGCAGCCGCUCCAUCGUCCUGUUCCUGUGGAGCUCCCAGGCAGCGUGCACCACACGCUGUGGCCCAUUGUCCAAGGUCAGGUCAGUGGGCAGGCUGUGCAUGUGGAGUGCCGGGCAGGCGGUGCACAGCUUGCCCUCCAGCUGCUCCAGCACGGCCACCGAGCUCGCCACCAGCAGCAGCACCAAGCCAGGUGUGGAAGUCAGUCCCCACGUGGCGAGGCGUCUGCAGCACGUGGGGACUGA